AUGCUGCUGGUUGCUGCAGUCGUGAGGCUGACCCAGUCCAACCCGUGCCGCAGUGUCCCCGCUAGCGUCCUGGCGUGCGAGAACGGAGCCAGGUCCAACGGUGACACCUGCACAGUGUGUACCCGCACCGGCGGCGACGACCCGGGGAUAUGCUGGGAUUUUUCUCAGCCAAAGCGCUGGCUCGACAUCCCGGCCAGCUAUCUGGUGGAUUGGUGGAAGCAAUGGGGUUCCGUCACUUCCGCUGAAGCUGCUAUUGAUUGCAACUACGACACCUUUUGGCAAACAGAGUUCACUCUAUUCCCACCCUACAACAGGCACUGGAUGAUACUCGAUCUGCAAACGGUCCACAAAAUAUACGAAAUCAGCAUCGUAAACGGUAACUUUUUGUUUUCUGAUGUCAAUAGCUUCAUCCUGGAGGCCUCCAUGGUUGAUCCGUACGACUGGGUACACGUCAAGAGCUCGGACUCGCUCCUAAUUCUUACCGCGGAAACUCAGUACUUCGGGGGAUUCGCAGAAAUGGGACGGUAUUGGAAGAUCACUCUUUGGACACACAAUGGAUUCAACAUUAUAGUCCGCGAUGUUUGCUUCUACGGCCACGAAGUCUUACCCAAGCCCUGCCCACAACUGCACGUAGACUGUGACUUCGAUGGAAGCGGACAAGUUGUUACCAGUGAGACAUCGACGGAGCAACCCUGUCACGUGUCCGUGGACAUUCACGAGGGCGCCCGCAGUAAGGAUAACCCUCUGCAAGUGAUGCGAAAUGGUGACCUGACUCUUCAUGGUUUAGUGUCAUUCGACUGUGAAGACGCGUACGAGGCAUCUGCGAUAUGGACGGUACCUGUGAAUGACACGUAUACGGAUGUGCUGAUUGACUUGCUUCUCGACAGAGAAGACGUCCACCCUGACCGUCUGCACAUCUACCUGCCUGCAAACACCAUGCCGCUGAGGGUCUUCCACUUUCAACUUCAGGUGAUCAUGCAGGCCCCCAGCAGCUCACACGUAAGCGUCGGCGUUGCCCAGACGUACGUGACGUUCUCGCCGCUGCAUAUCGUCGCGUCGCUCGGCAACGCCGCCAGGACUGUUGAUGGAGGCGAUUUCUGGGUGACCGCAGUCGAGGAGUCUUGGGACCCUGAAGGCGUCAUACCCAGCAGUGACUUCAGCUACAACUGGACGUGCGAGGUUGUGCACCUCCCGGACCCAACACCUCUGGUUUGCAUCGACGUUCGCGAUAACAUCCUGAUCUACGGUGGAUCCCGGUACAAGGUCUACAACACAAGGAAAACAGCUUCGGACGCGUCGACGGAGUGCAGGAAGGAAGGCGGGUACCUGGCGUCUUCGAAUGAUGAAGAAGAAUGGGCUGCAAUUUUGCGUCUCAACGACUGUGUCGGUGUGUGGCUAACAAGUGAUCCUUCGUGGGUUGUGGACUACACCGGCCCGGUGUAUGCGUCAUAUGAAGUCGGAAAGGCGUUAGAUGGGAACACUGGGACCUACUGGGACGCAGUGGGCACCGGCCGGUACCACAACAACUGGUACAUCGUACUGGACCUCACAGAGCCCCAUACACUGAUCGGCAUCGCACUAAAUAACUACGGAGACACGGUGCAUGACAUCUCUGCCUUCACGUUGCAAAAGUCGGAUAUUGGGAGUCCGUACAGCUGGGAGGACGUAGUGACCGUAACUUGUGUACAGGGAGGGACAGACCAGCGGCAGGAGUUCGGCGGGUUCCAGGGAACAGCGCGGUACUGGAAGUUUCUGGUUUAUGAGACUCACUCAGGCUGGCAGCCAUGGCUCAAGGAACUACAAUUUCAAAAAGGAGGAGAAACCCGAACAAUAGGAGUAAUGGAUGAGGAUGGUGAUGGGCUGUGGUCUCUUUCGGACGGCACCGAUGUCACGUGGUCUGCUUGGGCACCUGGGUAUCCAUCAGCCCCCACGGCUGACGCCUGCGCACAAGUAACAUCCGGUGGCUGGUCUGACGAUAUCAGUUGCAGCUCGCUGAACAGGUUCAUCUGUGAGCUGCCCUACAGUGACGACUGUCGAGUGAAUGGACAGAACUAUGGCGGAAAUAUAAAUUAUACCUUGGAGGGACGGGACUGCCAAACUUGGGGCACUAACUCGCCACAUUCGGAGACCCAGUCACCCCAAAAUUCCGAGCCUGACGUUGGAAACAAGUGCAGAGACCCUGGCGGAGAUGGCUACAACUGGUGCUACACUGUGGACCCGGCCAAGAGAUGGGAAGAAUGUCCAAUACCCAGCUGUGCACACAAUGCUGGACUGGUGCCCUGUGACAACAUUCUUGGUAAACAGAUGGACGACGCCGAUCCAGACGGAGGAUUGUUACACUUCGAGGCCAAGUGUGAUCGCCAGCAGGGUGCCACCGUCAGAAUCAGCGUAGUGGUGGAGGCCGAAGGGCGUCCUCCUGUCUAUAGCUUUCUUACCAUCCAUCCCGGUGAAUCCACUCUCAAUCUGAAAUGCAGAACUAAUUGUAAUUCCCAAAACUACGUGGUGUCUGAGGAGCUGGCUCUGUACACGGAAGACGCGGCGGCCACAGACUGGACACUGGUGGAAUCUCCUGCCGAGUUCCCCGGCCUUGAUUUCGAUACUGACGUGUCUUGGUCUUCUGACACGGAAAUUAUUGUGCGUCCAGACGUCUUCUGGGUGGCUGGCAACUACACGAUCAGGCUCACAGACGAUGCCUAUGGUCCGGACUCACCAAGAAUCGCGGAGUGGAGGUUCCGGGUGCCGCUGAGCCCCUGGCGGAGCUCCGGGGACCCAUCCACCGAGCCCUGCAGGCUCAUUCCUCCCGGCGGCACAGCAGUGGUGGACAAGUUCUGUAUCACCUGUGAUGACUACAUUGAUGAGUACGGACCAGUUCAAAUGGAGGUGAAGUACGAGUUUAUACCUUCUGGAGUGGACACACCGACAGUCCGCUUUCCUGGAGACGACCCGCCAACAGUGAUACAGUUUAUCAUGUCCUUGUAUACCGGCUGGGUUGGAUAUACGACGAUGGUUGACAUAGCACCAGGUACUGUCAUCAUUGUCCUGCGGGCGUUCUCCGUUGACGGGCGAUCUACAGAAGUUGAACUACAGCCUAUCGAGAUAUCUACCCCUUCCUUGGAUCAGUUGGCAUCUUACAUGGCAGGGCUGUAUGAUAACGGAGAAGGCACGUUCUUCACCAUGAUAGAUGUAGGGGGCGCAGAAGACGCGUUCCUUGCCGCUGCCACUGCUUCAGGAGCUCUCGGUGUCUUAGCGGACAGCGGAGAAGACGUCUCAGAGACUAUAACCGAGACUAUUGCAGCUAUGGCACAGUUACAACAACCUUUACAGGACUAUGAGAGCGUGAACGGAGUUGCAUCCGUACUGCUACUUGUUACAGCAUUCCCAGAUCAACUGUCUCCUGAGUCUAUGGUCCUUGCCUCAUCCGUUCUCAAGUCCACAUUUGAGAGCUUACGGCAGAUGUCGGGAAACAGUACCAUACUUUCUGUUGAUGCCGUGAACCGAGCUGCCGGCUCUAUGUUUUCAGCGGUGGGUAAUGUUUUCAUGGCAUCUCAGACCCUGUCUUUAUCGGACCGAGAGGCAGGAAUCACUUACUCCGACGUCUUAGAAGCGAGCAAGAUCGCCACGACAGUCGGGUUUGAAGCUCUAGACGUGCUUGAUGACAUCAUGCUCAACGCUUUGAUGCCGGAGUUCACAGAUCCAGAUGAUGAUGAGAUUUUUGCAGAUAUUUACACCUCACAGGUGCAUAUAAGGAUUCAACGGCAAAAUAGAAGCGUGCUAGCAGAAAAGGUUUACCAGGUUGGAGGAGCAAGUGACUGCCUCAUACGUGUGUCAUCCCUCCCCCCACUCAUCGGAGAUCAGUGCCCUCCAGAUGAUACCGUUGGUGUACAGUUCUACGAGUCCAAUUUCAACCCAUUUGAGUACUCCAAUAAUUCCAAAGAGAUCCAGGCCGACAUCCCCGGGCUCAGUGUAAAGUGUGCAAACCGAACACUUCAAGUUUCCAACCUGGGAGAUCCCGUCGACAUCCUGACGCGGAGAAAGAGCAUGGCAAGCCCAGAAGACUCCAUGUACAUCUUUAACAGUGCAGCUUCACAAGGGGAGUUAUCGACAUUUCAGAUCUUCGCCAAGAAGAGCAUGUCGUCAUUCGGAAUCUUGGUAGAGUUCAACAGUUUCCUCAACCCUCAAAAUGUCACGGUUGUCCUGAGCAAACACGUGCCGCCUACAACAGACCAGUACAACUGGACAACUACGCUGCCUGUUCCAGACGAUCAACUGUUCUCCAUUAAGUGGAUAAACAACACGUUCCUAACUGCCGACCCGUACAUGUGGCAUCUUCCAGAGGAUGAGAUUGACAUUACUGACGCAGACGUGGUGAACAUGACCGAGUAUUACGUUGGAGUGCAGUUUGGCACUCAGACGGAUGUGGAUAGUGGAGACGUAGUCGACUUUACUCUGUCCGUAUUUGAGACUUCCUGUGUUUAUUUCGCUGAGGAACCCAUUCAUCUGUGGCAGAGCGACGGCUGCAGUGCAGGGGCGAUGUCCAAUAAGACGCACAUGCACUGUCGAUGUGACCACUUGACCAAGUUCUCAGGCUUCGUGGCGCCGAAUCCGCUAAACAUCCAGGAAGCCCUGUCCGCGAACGUCCUGGAGAACCCAGCCGGACUCGUCCUGGUGCUGACAGUGUUCGGGUCCUAUCUGUUGCUCCUCCUGUUUUCCAGGAAGGCAGACAGAAGAGAUCUGACCAAAGCAGGUGUUCGGAUUCUGCCUGGCCAUAGAUUGAAUCCUCGCAAAGAGUGCCAGUAUGUGGUCACGGUGUACACGGGAUUUAAAGGCAACGCUGGGACAACUGCCGAAAUUUCCAUCGCCCUGCAUGGAUUUGAGGAAAGCAGUCCAACCAUCACUUUCAGGGACCCCAAUAGGAUUCUGUUCGAAAAGGGAAGUGUGGAUUCUUUCCUGGUCUCCACGGAACAGCCGUUAGGGGGGCUGACUCACAUGCAAGCCUGGCAUAACAACGCCGGGUACAGCCCAGCAUGGUUCCUUAACCAAGUGAUUGUCGUCAACAGAGGAACCAACGAAACAACCUACUUCCUAGCUAACAGAUGGCUCGCUAUCAAUGAAGAUGACGGCAAGAUCCACCGCAUCAUCCCCACAGCGUCCCUGGAGGACAUGACCAAGUUUCGAAACGUUUUCCUGGCCAAAAGCUCUAGGUAA